GAUAACGUUGUCAAGACGGGAACGUGUUACCGUUGUCCUCGGAAAUCUCGGAAUAUAUAAUAUAUCCGGGGGGAUCGUUAAGUAAGUAUUUGGAACAGUGUCAAAAACCACGACGCGCGCGCUUUCGAGGAAAACGAGAUCCAUUUGUUGUUUGUUGUCCACGGCGUAGCGCGGCGGUGACGGCGUGACGGCGAUAAAUACUCCCCGGAAAGUAAUAAAUACUCUCCUCAUCUCCUACCGGCUCGUCUCGGACGACGUAGUACGCGCUACGACGGCCGAAGGAGAGGGAGAGAUAACUAAGUAGAACUGAGACGGACGCAAGGACGUUUCUGGCGUACAAACGGACGGACGGUAUACAGGUGGUAGCGGUGAAGUAGUCGGGAAGUAAGGAUUCCCAUCUGUGAUGUGCGAGUGAGCGAUGGAGUCACCAGUCAUGUACGAUUCGACGGCCCAUCAGGCCCAGGCCCAGGGCACGGCUGAUUUGAAGAAGUCCCAGGUGCUCAACAACAAUACCAGCAAUCAGAACAAUAACGCUGCGGCGAACAACAACAAUUCCGCGCUGCAGAUCAACCACAAUCACAACCAUCAGCAGCAAAAUAGCGCGGUGGUGAAACAGGUAUCCGGCAGCAAGGCGAGCUUACAUCAGCAAUACGCCGAGCAUUGCGCCGCUGCUGGCGAGCUUACCGAUCUCAAUGCUCCAGAAAUUUCUUUGGAUCUUCAAAACUUGAUCGACGAUAAUCAAUUCAGCGAUAACAUACUGGAUAUGCUUGGUCCCAACAACAACGCUAUGAAACACGUGAGGACGGGCGGUUAUCCCCGCACGACGCUCGCCUAUAUGCCGCAACCGGUGCACAGCGGAGCGACCUAUCAUCAGAGCAGCAACAGCUGCAGCGACAGCAACAGCUCAAGCUCAGAGUCGCCUAGCAUCAAGGAGGAACCAUUGGACCCGGCGGAUUACAGACGUCACUGCCCUCAGUAUGCACCCACCGGUUACAGUUCGGUGACGAAUAACCCGUUCGCCAAUGGUGGCCAGACCUUUACCACCUUGACGCCGUCGACGAUACCGGGCGGUCAUCCAGGUGCGCCGGUUCAUCAGCCGCCGCCGCGGGGGGGUGGCCCCAUGAAGGGGCCGGUAAUGGCCCAUCAGCAUCAUGCCAACGCGAACGUCGCCAGAAAACAAACCAAGGCUAUCGACAAGGCAAGCGACGAGUACAGGCGACGGCGGGAGAGAAAUAACAUUGCCGUGAGGAAGAGCCGCGAGAAGGCGAAGGUGCGAUCGCGUGAAACCGAGGAGAAGGUCAAGCUGCUGGUGAAAGAUAACGAUUUGCUGAAGAAACGGAUCGAGCUGCUCAACGAGGAGCUCAAUGUACUCAGGUCGCUCUUCAGCUCUGUCGGCGUCGUACCCGAGCAAUUGCACCGCGAGAUCUCCAGGCAUCUCGACCAGUUUCAGCAGCACGCGGUCGGACCUAUGUAGCAGCAGCAGCAGCAGUGCAUGGACAUUGCCACGCAAUUCGAGAUGACAUCGUCUUCCGACGACAUCGUCGUCGACUCGCGUCCCUGGGCUAUCAGGCUGCUCCGAUUGUGAAAACGAAGUCAGUCCGCAUCUUCCGCUUCCUCUUGCUUCUCUCCCGUUUUUUCCCGCCCCCCCGUAGUAUCGCCGUAUAUCGCGUACAUCUCCGAGGAGAAAUCGUCUUUCCUCCUCCAUCCCACCCUCCCACCCUGCC